UUCACUGGAAUUGCAAGUUUGCAAAAAAAAACACAUCAUGAAAUUACAGGGGGGUCAAUAGAAGGAAAUGUUAGAAAUUAAAUGCCAUAAUUCCAAAAGAUCUGAUCAUAGGAAAUGAGAAAUAGUGAGGCCUCUAAAUUGGAGUCGUUUUGAAGACAUGAAGGUGCAUGCUUGAAGGAGAAUAUUUAUGAUCAUGCUUUGUAGGAGCAGCCUCAUAAUACUAUACUACAAAAAAUAAACAUCCUUGUUCUGUUUUGUUAUAGUUCUUGUGUUAGAAUAUAUGUUGCGGUUCAUCUCUUGAUUGCUUCUGAUCCUGUCAUUAAUAUUUUCAGGUAUCCUAAAAUCUUGAGACGAGCAGUCUGGGGGAUUCGUGGAGUUUCCGGCGUGUAACGCUAAAUAACCUUUUGGCCGGAAGUUCUUCACGAGAUAAAGAAAAAAAGAAGAAUGUCUUCAACACCUGAUGCUCCCUCACCAGAUUCUGGCUCCCCCCCUCCUCCACCAGCGUCACCACCACCACCUGAGAAUUCAACAUCUGCACCCCCACCUCAAUCGGAUACCCCACCACCAGAUACAUCAUCUCCUCCUCCACCAUCUCCACCACCUCCACCAGCGUCACCACCACCUAAGAAUUCAACAUCUGCACCCCCACCUCAAUCGGAUACUCCACCACCAGAUGCAUCAUCUCCUCCUCCACCAUCUCCACCACCUCCACCGCCAACUAGUGAUUCUCGUUCUCCUCCACUGCCAACUAGUGAUUCUCGUUCCCCACCAUCUCCACCCCCUCCUAAACACAGAGAAGAUGCUGCGCCACCUCCUCCACCCCCUCCUAAACACAGAGAAGAUGCUUCGCCACCUCCUCCACCAAGUUCAGAAAACUCACAACCAGCACCUCCAGAUUCAUCAGAUAAUGGUGGAGGACUUACUUCAGAUCAGAUUAAAAUUGUAGUUGGGGUGGCAGUUGGUUUCGGUAUAUUCCUUAUUGCCUUGAUUUUCAUCUGUGCAUACUGUUCGCGCAAGAAGAAAAGAAAAAAUAGGCAUUAUUAUGGAGAAAAUCCUCAAGGAGGGAGUGGAAAAUUUUCUUAUAACUACAGCGCGCAGCAAUCGAACUGGCAAAAUGGUCCCCCAAAAGAACAUGUUGUGAAGCUAUCCCAAUCACCAGGUGCAAUGGGGUCUCCCUGGCUUGCACAACCUCCACCUCCACCGAUGGGGAACAGUGAUGAUAUGAGCUCCAUUAACUCUGGCCCAUACCGCCCCCCCUUGCCCCCUCCGUCACCAAAUAUUGCUCUUGGUUUCAACAAAAGUACCUUCACAUAUGAUGAACUAGCAGCAGCUACAGGUGGAUUUGAUCAAGCCAAUUUAUUAGGUCAAGGUGGGUUCGGUUAUGUGCACAAAGGUGUGUUGCCUAAUGGGAAGGAGAUUGCAGUUAAGAGCUUAAAGGCAGGUACUCGACAGGGUGAGCGAGAAUUCCAGGCUGAAGUUGAUAUCAUUAGUCGUGUCCAUCAUCGCCAUCUUGUGUCACUUGUUGGUUAUUGUAUUGCUGAAGGGCAAAGAAUGUUGGUCUAUGAGUUUGUUCCCAACAAGACCUUGGAACAUCACCUUCACGGAAAAGGUCUUCCAGUCAUGGAGUGGCCGACUAGGCUUCGUAUUGCAUUAGGUUCUGCCAAAGGGCUUGCUUACCUUCAUGAAGAUUGCCAUCCUCGGAUUAUCCACCGUGAUAUUAAAGCUGCCAAUAUUCUUAUUGACAACAACUUUGAAGCCAUGGUUGCUGAUUUCGGAUUGGCUAAGCUGUCUUCUGACAAUUACACGCAUGUAUCUACCCGUGUCAUGGGUACUUUCGGGUAUUUGGCUCCUGAGUAUGCAGCAAGCGGCAAGCUGACUGAGAAAUCUGAUGUUUUCUCGUAUGGAGUCAUGCUUUUGGAACUCAUAACCGGGAAGAAACCUGUUGAUCCUUCAAGUGCAAUGGAAGAUAGCUUGGUGGACUGGGCUCGACCGCUUACGAUUUCUGCUUUGGAGACUGGCAACUUCAUUCAGUUGGUCGAUCCAAUGUUGGAGAGCAAGUACAACCAUCAAGAGAUGCAAAGAAUGAUAGCUUGUGCUGCGGCCAGCAUUCGCCAUUCUGGUAGAAAGCGCCCAAAAAUGAGCCAGAUAGUACGUGCAUUAGAAGGAGAUGUAUUACUGGAUGUCUUAAAUGAUGGUACAAUGACUGGCCAGAGCCCGAUGUUUUCCAGCUCGAACGGAAGCUCAGACUACGAUACAAAUUCGUAUAUUGCAGAUAUGAAAAGGUUCAGGCAGGUGGCGUUAGGUAGUCAGGAAUUUGGGAGCAGUGAGCAUGGAACAUCAAGCAAUGACUCCCGAGAAAUGGGCCCUUCAGGGAUCCACAGGAAUUAUCAUUGAAACAGCCAGUCUAAUUAGUAGCCACAAAAAUGGACAAAAAGCUUAAAUACCUAAAAGCCAAUUUAUGAGCCAUUUUUGGUGGUCAAGAACAGACAACGAUCGCAGACGUACAAACAUAAAUGGUCAUUAUUUUUCUUUCAA